AUGAAAGAAAAAAAGAAAGAAAAAAGAGGAAGUGAAAAUAUCUGGGUUCAGCUCUAUGUGCAUAUACUCACCAGCGCCUCUCUCCCAGAAGGUACCUAUUACCUUCCUGCACUCCCCGCGCCCUCAACGAAAAGUGCAACUUCGGUGCAAGGCCUGUUUACGGAGACGAGCCCAGUCACCAAGCCAUGCCGCAACCCAUCCGCGCGGUUGUAG